AUGACACAACAGCAGACAAACAUUGACUGGAAAAGUGUCACAGGUGCAUUUCGAAAACCCCGAAGACUUCACCUAGAAAGAGAUAAAGAAGGAUUCUUUCAUUGCCCAACCCCAAAUUGUGAUCAUCAAGCUUUUACCAGUCAAAGAGGAUGCCAAAAGCAUGUGGAAAUAAAGCAUCCAUGGUACACAUACUUUCAAACGAGGCCUAUCCUUGGACGAAGCCAUGAAAUAACAUCUGAUAUAAGGCAGUUCGAUGGCAAGCAAGGCGAAGAUGAACAAUUCGUGUUGUCAACAGUCGAACUUGUCGAUUAUUUUUUAUGUUCUUCCAGAUUUUUAACAGACUUUCUUGAUCAUUUAGAAAGUGUUUGGCAAAUGGGACAAUCUGGCCACCUUGGCUAUGUGAACGGUAUAAAGCUUACCGAACCACUCAGCAUUCUGGUUUUUCAAGCUAUAGGGAAAUACAUUCAUCCAACAAGAUAUAGGCAGAUUAUAGAAAAGGGAAGCGCAAGCAACUUAGAUGUGCAAGAACAACGAUUUGUAUGGGAGGACCUGAAACACAGCUCAAACAUAGCAAGAGUUCAUUAUCAGAAGCUGCGAUCUUGUAAUGUGCUUUAA